AUGGGGUCGCCAGGGUUCCAUCUUUUCAUUCAGACAUCCUCCUCUCCUGCUCUGUUGAACUUGCUCUUGGACUUGGAUCUGCUCGUCCAGUACCCCCGGUUCGGCACUCCGCGAACGGUGUUCUCGCCUGCAGCGUCAUACUCUCCGAUGAAGCCAGCCGUUGACAAGAUGGCUGAUCUGCAACUUCCUGCUGCUGCUUGCAACGGCGAUGGUGAGACGUGCUGCAGCAGCGUACUUCUGAAGAGCGUGAGGCCGCUGCUGGAAAAUCUGGCGAAGCACCUCGCUGACGGGCAACACAAGCCCAUCAAGUCGUACGUACCUGAUGCACCUGAUGUGAAGCGGCCUGGGAUCGGCCGCUUCGGAGGCAAGCCUGCUGCUGCCGUGCUUGCACCUGUGGUCGUCAAUGCUGCUCCCUUCUCACCAUCUGCUGCUGCUACUGUCACACCGUCUGCUGUGGUUGCGCCUGUGGUGGUGCCUGAGGUAGCGCCUGUGGCUCCAGUGGCUUCAACCACACCUCAGGUGCCUGAAGCGAGUGUGACCACAGAAGCACUGCCUAAGGAGGCGAGUGCACGUACUGCUGAUCCGAGUGAGAAAGCGAGGUGGUCGAAGCUGCGUCAGGAGGUGCGAGCUAUGGAUAUUGAAUAUACCAGAAAAUUAAGAGCACGUGCUGCUUACCUGAGAUGGGCCACGCUGGACCAGGCGACGUGGGCCAGGGACAUUGAAGCAGCCAUUGAAGCUUCCCUGCCUGCCUGGAUCGUGCCUGGUAAACCUCUUGCUCCUGCAUCUGUAGCAGCAUCGAGUGUAGCAGAGUCUGCACCACCAGCUGCUCCCUCUGCAGCAGCUGCAGCAGUGAAGUCACCUGCUGUGGCAUCAGCAGUGAGGGGAGCUAUGGAUUGUGAAUGGGCCAAAAAGUUGAGAGCACAUGCUGCUUACCUGAGAUGGGCCAAGCUGGACCAGGCGACGUGGGCCAGGGACAUUGAAGCAGCCAUUGAAGCUUCCCUGCCUGCCUGGAUUGUGACUGGCAAAACCGUCCCCCCUGCAUCUGCAGCAGCAGCGACUGUAGCAGAGUCCGCAGCACCAGCUUCUCCCGCGCCAGCAGCGACAACAACACUGAAAUCACCUGCUGCGGCAUCACCAGUGAGAGGAGCAGCAGCAGCAGCACAGAAGCCAAAGCCUGCUGUUGCAGCAAGGUGCAAGGAGGGGGUUGAAACCGUGAAGGGCAAGAAUGGGUGCAGCAGCAAGGCGGUGAGCAUGGGUGUGAAGGGUGGUAAGGGCAGCAGCACGCAUGCAGGCUCUGGCCCAUGUGGUGCAGCAGCACAGAAGCCAAGGCCUGCCCCAUGUGGUGCAGCAGCAGCAGCAGCAGCAGCAGUUGCGGGAUCACGUGGUGCUGCAUCAUCAGUAAGAGCAGCUGGCAAGUCCAGCAGCAGACACACGGGUGGGGUGAAGGGGAGAGAGGGGGGUGGGUGUGGGGAGGGAGGAGCAGGGAGGGCAGCAGGUGGAAGGCAGGGUGGUGUGAAGGCAACAGGUGGCAGAGCAGUGGCAAGUGGCAUGUGUGGCAGGGAGGGGGUGAAGCAGCAGGCGGGGAGGAGAGAGGGUUUGGUGCUUGAGAGGCAGGCGAGGCCAGGCUGCAGCAGCAGCAGGGCGCACAGAAGGAGCUCCUGA